GUUGGCUUCUUAUUCCUGAAGUGUGCACUGUUCUGGGUUUUACUGAUUGAUUUCUGGUAUUUUUGUUCUGGAAAGGCCCAUCAAUCACGUUUCCAGUUGCUGGAGCUUUCAGAUCGUGCCGCGGGUGUCGAAACGUGAAGUCCCUGAGCAUAGAAGUAGAAUAGUGAUAAUAUGUUCUAAAGGAAAAAGAACAUUAUCUGUAAAACCAUCCCAAAGAGCAAAAUGAUUGUGCUCUUUAAAAUCGGUUCUUUCAAGUAAUUGUUUCUAAUUCAACCAGCUGUGGCAGAUAAGAAAGAUUUUAUGAAUGUUUUUCCCCUCUCAUUCUGUGACUAAUUCCUUGUGUUCUAAUAAUAAGUUGGCCUGACUCAAAACAAGAUGUUCUUUGUUCAAGUUUUUCCACAAGACGAACUAUACAUGUAAAGAAAAAGUGCCCUUGGCACGGACCAUUUUCACAAAAAUGACGCUCCGUGGGCAGAAGAAAUCUCGGCAAUCUUCAAGUCUUCCCUCCUGGAAGAAAGGAAUCGCAGGAGGAGGCUAAUCCUCCCUGGGUAUCGCCUUGCCUUGGCUCGUACCCCAGCACCCGCCCCAUGUGCCAUCCUAGGAAUAUUUGUGCAGUGGAAAAAAAUCAAUGGUCUUUCGCCUCGCCGUGAGGGUUGGUUGAGUAGUGGAAUCGCUGAAACCUGUGGAUUGAUCAACUGUCUCGUUAUUAGAAGGCCGCGCCAUUCGUAGCAGACCGCAGGGCUGACCGGGGUCCUGCUUUGUUGCUAGUUGGCAUAGCGCAUCAGAUGUUACUUUCGCUUUGCCUGUUGUUGAAGAAAUCUCAGACCUCGUCUGUCUAGGAGAAUCGAGGUUAUCACAAAAGAGACAGGCUAAUGCUCUCUGUCUCUUUCUCUUUACUUCCGGAAUACCGACUCCGUUUCAGUUCGCCAAUUAUUGUGUGUUUGAUCAUCUAGGUGUACCACCCUUUCGCUGGUUGGGGCUACUCACAGCUCCUUCCUGCGCCUCGCACAAAUCUCUGAAGGAGGAUCUUUGAAAGAAUCUCCAACAAGUACAUGUCAUGGGCUCACACCUCUCGUGCACUGCCUCCGGGGAGCGGCGCCAUCGAGGACCAGCCUUGGAGUAUUGCGUCAUCGUGAGCCCCAGUCAGGACACGGCGGAUGCCUCAGCCACGCUCUACGACAGGUGGACCAGUAGCAACAACAACGAGGUCUCUGAUCCCGUGAAGGACGAGGUUCUCGGUCGUCGUUUUGGGAGAGGACACGGCGAGCGUCUGUCGGAGUCCGCCGCAACCACACCCCCGGGCUGGUCCACGCCCAAAGUGAAGCCAGUGAGGAGCCACUCGUUACUACACGUCCCCA